ACUUCACAAGCAGCCUGUAUCGCUCCUUUACGUGUGCCUUACGUGUUAUCGGUUUUGUUAGAAAUAGGAAUGAUUUGGAGACUUACAAUAUUGGCGGUUGCAUGUUUACUGGUCCUCGGCGAAGCAGGUGCACCUUAUCUGAAGCGCGAUACAAGAACAGUGACAUUCUCCCGGUCUGUUAUGGACGCACAGCCUAGUUACUCUCGACGAAAACGGGACGCCUGGUCAGCAAAGUCCAACUUCAUAGCGUGUAAAACACCCCUCAGCAUUAGAGAGCAAACGGUCCUGGAGAGCAAUACGUAUGAGACGGGGUUUCAUGGAGAUGAUGGCUCUACUUUUACUCUUACAUGGGUAGGGGAUGGAACUGGGGUAAUUCUAGUGUUGUCUACAGUCAGUGCACAGCUUGACUCAUUUUAUGAAGGGGGAUCCACUCGACUUUACAGAAGUGCAGACUAUGGAAAAUCAUUUCAUGAUAUCUCCCAUGCCAUCAACAAUUCCUUCAUAAGAAAGGACUUUGGUAUAGGAGUGGGUCCUGGGAAUUCUCAGCAGGUGAUUCUGACAGCUGAGCUGCCUAGUACCAAGACCCCAGGAGGAGUCAUAUUUACCUCGGUGGACUCAGGGGUGACUUUCAAGUCAGUGCAGCUGCCGUUCCACCCAGCCCAACUCGUAUCUUUUCACCACCAGAACCCUCUCUACCUGCUAGCAAUUAGCACAGAUAGUAGUCUAUGGCUGUCACAGGACUUUGGGAACAAGUGGUCUAAAAUCCAUGAAGGAGUCUAUUAUUUCACAUGGGGACGAGGCAUCACCCUUUUUUUAAGUUACAGUCUGGAAGGCACAGCGGAGGCAGACAAACGAGGAGAACUUCUUUUAAGACGUACACAGGACCUGGGUAGAACCUUCACUACCAUUGCUCAGAACAUCUUCACCUUUGGCUACAUUGGGCGCUUCCUUUUCACCUCUGUCAUGGAAAAACAGGGAUCUCCUCGGGUUAUUUAUGUGUCUUCAGAUCAGGGUGAUCACUUCAGCAAAGCUCUGCUACCUUCUGCCACCACAGAGCAGUUCUACUCAGUAUUGGAUGGUGAUGAAGAUAUGAUCUUCAUGCAUGUGGACAGCCCUGGAGAUCAGUCUUAUUUUGGGACAGUCUACACAUCUGAUGACCGUGGAAUCCUCUACUCUAAGUCUCUCGAGCGACACUUGUUUGGCGGGGAAAGCAAGAGUGACUUCACCAAUGUGACCUCACUGAGAGGCGUAUAUCUUACCAACAUCCUGAAGGAAGAUGAACGAAUUUGUUCAGUCAUCUCCUUUAAUAAGGGUGGAGAGUGGAGAUCAAUAAAAAAGCCAAACAAUGUUGAAUGUGGAGGAAGCACAAAAAGGUGUUACUUACACAUCCAUGGAGAGCACAGCCACUACAGUGGCAUUUCCCCUAUGUUGCCUCUGUCCAGCCCGUCUGCUAUCGGCCUGGUUAUUGCCCACGGCAGUGUUGGGGAGUCCAUUUCAGCAUCUAGGCCAGACGUGUACGUGUCUUCAGAUGGAGGCUACAACUGGAUGUGUGCCCUGAGGGGGCCUCAUCAUUACAGCAUUCUGGAUUCGGGAGGCCUGAUUGUGGCUGUGGAGGCACACAGAGAUCGGCAGGUUCAGUCUAUAAAGUUUUCCACAGAUGAGGGCCAGUGUUGGAAGACCUAUAAUUUCACUCAGCAGCCCAUCUUCUUUGCAGGCCUGGCAUCUGAGCCUGGCUCAAAGGCCAUGAAUAUCAGUGUGUUUGGCUACCGGCCUGAUGAUGACGCUCAGCCCAUGUGGGUUGCAGUUACCAUAGACUUUGAGCAGCUGGUAACCAGAGAAUGCGAUGAGCAAGACUAUGUGGAGUGGCUAGCCCAUUCAGAUGAAGAUGGGGCCUUUGAAACUGAUGGAUGUGUCUUAGGCUACAAGGAAAAAUUUAGGAAGUUGAAGAAAUUGUCCGUCUGCAGAAAUGGCUGGGACUAUGUCGUCAGCAAGCAACAGAGCCCAUGCCCUUGCAGCAGGGAAGAUUACAUGUGUGAUUAUGGUUACUACCGACACGAAAACAGCUCUGAGUGUGUGAAGCAGCCUGAUCUCCCAGACAAGACACUGGAGCUGUGUUUAAAUGGAGAGAUGAAGGAACUUCAGACAGCAGGGUACCGUAAGAUUCCCAGUGAUAAGUGUGAGGGUGGUUUCAGUCCUCCACGUCAGAUGGAUGUUGCCAAAAAGAACUGUGGGGACCCCAGUCAAGCUCCCUCUAUGAGCCUUUAUCCUCGUAGUCCAAAUCAGAUGUGGUUGCAGGUUGUGAUAAGUGUCAGUGUGGGAAUCAUAGCACUGGCUGUCGUUAUUGCAGUCGCCAUUACAGUUCGGAGAAUGAACUUCACGCAAAGGGCGACGGCAUACCGCUUCUCUGCUCUCCAACUGAAGGAAGAGGAACAGUGCGCCAGCCCUGAGAGUAGACCCAGCAGUAACCCUGGCAGUUUCCACGAAGAUUCAGAUGAUGAUCUUAUUGCAUGACUAAUCUCCAAGUCCUGAGUGUUCGAGCUGACCUGCAUCUAUGAGACUCCAAGCAUUAUGUUUCAACCUGUUACACUAGAUUAUGAUGAAAGCACCGGAACUGAAAAGUUAGGAAGAAAAUGCGGGGACAGUGAGCCAAACUAUUUAUUUAACAUUUACCUAUUCAUAUCAAUAAAUUAAAUACAUUCUAUGCCAAACUAUUGAACAAUAUAUUAUGAGUUAAACUUAAUUUCCACAUGCAGUGAUUUUAAUUGUGUAGUUUACUGCCUUUAGAGCUGCUACUGAAAAUAUUUUCCUUAAGAAGUGUAGAAAAGACCAAGCUUCUGAUGUAUCUGCCAUGUACUUAAAAUAAAUAUGCAAUAUUUCUGCAGCAGCCA